AGAACACGCAUAGCAAUUGUUUCAAUAAUCAGAGGAGUCAUAGAGCUGCCAUGUUGUUUUGCAUUUUCCAUUUUCCCAUUAUUCCACAAUUUCCUUUCUAGCAACCAGCAAUAAAGUUGACAGUUCAUUGUCGUCCUGUCCAGAGGUUAUGAGAUUGUGGAUUCCGGAUUGAGAAAAACCAGAAAAAAACCUCCAGCCAGAAUCAUGAACACCAGCAUCGAAUUUCCCAGCGUAAUCAUAAACAACCUCGAAGUGCAAAAUUCAAUCAAGACUUUUGAACUUUCGAAAAAAUAUUUGAAAAGAAUAACAAAGCUUGCUUUACUUAAUAUUAUCAACAGACGAAUUCAGGUACCAGAAAAUGAAUUCAUUGAAAAACUUGCUUUUGAUCAAGUUCCUUAUUUCAUUUUCAAACGAAAAAGCCAAAAUAGAUUUAUAAAAGCCCAUCACAAAUACGGUACAGGAGUACUAGAUGCUCUGGAGAAAGGAUUCCUACGACAAAUGGACUUGAUUAUUGUAAGGAAAAAUACUAAGGAAAUUCUAGAGAGUUACCGUUUUAAGUAUAAAUACAACAAUGAAAACGAAGGAGAAGCCGGAAUUAGAGAUUCAGAAAAAGUUCGUAAAGCUAUGCUUGGCUUGUUGAAUGCUAUACGGUGUUUGCCAGGGGAAAAAUGGCCAGAAGAUGAUGUCGACCUAUUGUGCGAUAUCUGUUAUCAAGACAAUACUCCAUCUACAUAUGAACCACCUCAUUUCCGCCCCAAUACGGAAGUAAAAUCAGUCGACCAUUUUGCUGUUUAUCAUAUGGGUAGAAUCAAUACGGGCUUUCAUAAACUUACUGGAGAAGCCAGAGGAUGGAAUCUUGAGACUUUCAAGGAUACUGCUACUUCCGCGCCGGUUCCAGUGGUGGAAGAGCAAGUACCUAGGGAUGAAGAGGAGCGCCAAUAUGCGAAUGAUGCGGAGCAAGAACCUAUGGAAAUAGCGCAAGAACCUCUAGAAAUGGCGCAAGGCUCUAUGGAAAAGCAGCAAACAGUUACAGAAGAGGAACGAGAAUCUUUGGAGAUUGAUGCAAUAUCUCCGGAAAUUAGAUUUGGGAACCUGAAAAUAAGAUCAAACAACAAACGUGGUUGUAUUGAUCAAAUCAUGAAAAGUCCUCCUAAGAAAGCUAAAUUGAUGCUAAACGAAUCUAUAGAAAAUAAAAGUUUAGAGAUAGCUUCAGUGCUCAGCCAAGCUCUCGAAAAUUGCGCUUGUGAAUGGAGAAACCUGGACCAGACAUUCCAAUUGAUAAACUGCAAUAAAUGUUUAGAACCAGUUCAUGCUGUAUGCAAUGGGUAUUUUGAUUCGCAGGCGAUUGAUAAGGAACAAUUCAUUUGCCUCUCUUGCAGUUCGAACAAUAAGAAUAAUAAACUUCGAGCUCAUCUGAGAUUGGUCCUUUAUGGAGCUUUCUGCGAAGAACGUGAGCCGGCAGUUCUCCGCAAUGCCAAAAAAACUGAGAAAAAGCUCCUCUUGAAAAAGCUGGAAAAAUAUGGUAUCAUCCAACCAGGAACCGGAGUUGUCAAUUUAAAGGCACUGGAAGAGGCGAUUAGGAGGAACUUCUUUGAUGUCCAGAACUCAGCCCGACUAUAGUUUGAUAGUUUUCACUUCCUAAUAUUAGUUAUUGUUUAGACUUUUUUUUGUUAAGUUUUUUUUUUUGUUUCUCUAAGUACCUACGUCUUAAGACGUACUAUGCCUAAUUGUUGUUUCCAGCAGUAAUAUAUAACAAAUAUUGAUGUAACGUAGGUAUUAGUUGCAAAACUUGUGUUGGAACAAAGCUGUAGUCAGCCUUCUAAUUCACAAGUGAUUGAUCUUGUAGAUUGAUUAAAUUCAAAAAUUAAACUGGAAAAAAGUGAUAACACAUUUCAAAAAGCCCUGUAUGUUUAGUUUUAGUUUGUCUUUGUUGUAUUUUCAUUUUCACCUUCUGAUUAACGUUCUUUUGUAACUGUUAAUAUUACUUAUAAUGGGCAUUUCUUGUUGUUUAAAUAAACUUUUUUCUUGUUGCUACAGAGUUUUG